AUGGAUCUGAGUCAUCCCAAUUCGGACGCAGUGACGCUAAAUCUGAGUCGGAGUCUCGUGGCAACGUCCUCGUUCCCUGCAACGAUCGACGCUGCGAUGUUCAUGAUUUCGUACGAGCACGUCGCAGUCGGAGGCUUUCACGCUUCUUCAAUGCACGUCGUGUAA